AGGUCUUGCUGAUAGGAUGCAAGAUCUCAGACUCACAGUAUCAUGUGCUGUCAGUGACAAGUGAUGGUGGUAAUAAUAUCACUGAAAAAGCUAAACAGAUUUCGAGUACCCUCCCAGGGGGCAUAUAUGUCCUCGGCGUUGCCAUGGAUACAAAUCCGAAGCAACUCAAGACCCAGUUGAAUUUAGUAAGAGGUUUAUUAGCUUCAAUUAAGAAGAAAAGUAGAGGAGGAGGAGGGAGGGAUCAAUUGCUAUUGAUAUAUUAUUCACAGGAGUCAAAAAAGUUACGAUGUUUGUCAGUAGACAUUGAUGACCCUCAGUCAGUUUUACAACUACCAGGCUCUGAAGUAAAGGCAACACAAAAAGAACUGCUUGUAGGACAUGCCUAUCUCUCCUUUGAAACUGAACAAGUUAUUGAAAUAAAAGGAAGAGAUGCUAAUGCUACUGGCAUAAGUGGAGUAUUGAAUGAUACUCUUGAUCAGUGUGUUAGUAGUCUUAGAGAUGCAGUAGCUAUCAGUGAUGGAGGGAGUAUACCUAAGAAUGAUGAAUGUGUCUCAGAAUAUGUUCGUGGUAACUGUAUUGAAGUCAAAUUCAAUUGGAAAAAUAACGCCAGUGGUGUGGAUUCACCCUUUGUCAUUAGUGACGGUCUCAAUGUAAAAGUAGAAGAUGGUCUCCAUUGCAAGGCUUAUGUCCACGCUCAAGCAAAAUGGCAGCAACUAGUUGAAUUGUUAAAGGAAGAUGCCAUUAAAACUCUCACCAUUCGCAAAGAAGCUAUCCUUGCUGAACUGGUUGAUGGAGAGGAAGAAGAAAGUGAAGAAGGAGAGAAGAAGAAAAGUUGGAAAACGUUCAAGUUAAUGUUUCCAAGGAGAAUCUGGUUCAAGGAUGAAAGCAAGAAAUAUGAGUUAUGCGAGAUCGUCUUUCCCGAGGAAAAUGAGGAAGAGGCAAAAGAAAAUUUAAAAGAUAUUUGGGGAGAAGGAAUUAUCUUGACAUUAUCACAUGGUGGCAAUAAAAAUAGAAAUGGAGAAGAAUUUAAACCAAUUUCAACCACAAUGAAAUCACAAAGUGACAUUACUUCAAAGCCUGAUCAAAAAAGAGAUAGCAAGCCUUCAAAUUUAACCUAUUACCUGCUAGCUAUCCUUGUACUGUUAUUGGCAAUAGCAGUUAUAAUAUUGCUACUUUAAUUGUUAAAAGUAUUAUCAUUGUAAAUAUUAAUGAAAUAAUUGAUCAAUGCUUUCCAGAUAAUCAUGAUUACUAUCAUCAUCAAUUCUCUCUUUCUUUUUCUCUUGAACUUUUAAAAGCGAGUGAGAGUUAUUGUGGCAGUUAGGUUUGAUUGGAGGAGGUUCUGUUGGUAUGCAGACUUCCCUAACAAGUUUAUAAAACCUGUUUAAAAAUAA